AUGUGGACGGCGUGGUGUGUGGCUGCUCUGUCUGUGGCAGCCGUGUGUGGCACGCCCCAAGAAACAAACACGGUCCUCAGGGUUACCAAGGAUGUGCUGAGCAAUGCCUUUUCCAGCAACCUGCAGCAGAGCGAUGCUCUCCACUCAGCCCUGAGGGAGGUGCCCAUGGGUGCUGGUGGUGUUCCUUACAAUGAUUUCCAUGUCCGAGAUCGCCCCCCAAAGUAUACGAAUGGCAACCAGCUUGGCGGGAAUUACAAGUAUGGUCACCUCAAAACCAAUGACAACACCGCUCAGCUCGGGGGCAAAUACCGAUACGGUGAAGUCCUUGAUUCUGAUGGACACGUAAGAGACCUCCGAAACGUAAAAGAACUCCGAAGUGUCGACUACCCCACGGCUGAGGAUGCACACGGUGGCCACAGGGGCCACCGGCUGUAUAAGUCGGCCGAAGGUGCAGCAUCCGUUGGCAGGCUUCACCGGCGAGAACUGCGGCCGGGAGAGAUCCCACCCGGGGUGGCCACGGGGGCCCUGGGCUCUGGGGGUUUGCUGGGCACUGGUGGCAUUCUGGCAACCAACGGCAUCCUGUCGGGCCAAGGUGGCCUGCUUGGCGGAGGUGGUCUUCUUGGUGACGGAGGACUUCUCGGAGGAGGGGGCGUCUUGGGCGUGCUCGGCGAGGGAGGCAUCCUGAGCACGGUGCAAGGCAUCACAGGGCUGCGAAUUGUGGAGCUGACCCUCCCUCGGGUGUCCGUUCGGCUCCUGCCCGGCGUGGGCGUCUACCUGAGCUUGUACACCCGCGUGGCCAUCAACGGGAAGAGUCUCAUUGGCUUCCUGGACAUCGCAGUAGAGGUGAACAUUACGGCCAAGGUCCGGCUGACCAUGGACCGCACAGGCUACCCGAGGCUGGUCAUCGAGAGAUGUGACACCCUCCUGGGGGGUAUCAAAGUCAGGCUGCUGCGAGGGCUGCUCCCCAACCUUGUGGACAACUUAGUGAACCGAGUCCUGGCCAAUGUCCUCCCUGACUUGCUCUGCCCCAUUGUGGACGUCGUGCUGGGUCUGGUGAACGACCAGCUGGGUCUGGUGAACUCUCUGAUUCCUCUGGGGAUAUUGGGAAGUGUCCAGUACACCUUCUCCAGCCUCCCGCUUGUGACUGGGGAAUUCCUGGAGCUGGACCUCAACACUCUGGUUGGGGAGGCUGGCGGAGGGCUCAUCGACUACCCGCUGGGGCGUCCAGCCAAGGCUCCCAGGCCAACGAUGCCAGAACUGCCCCCCAUGGGCGACAACACCAACUCCCAACUGGCCAUUUCUGCCAACUUCCUGGGCUCAGUGCUGACUCUCCUGCAGAAGGAAGGGGCACUGGAUAUUGACAUCACCAAUGGCAUGUUUGAAGAACUUCCUCCACUCACCACGGCCACGCUGGGAGCCCUGAUUCCCAAGGUGUUCCAGCAGUACCCCGAGUCCCUGCCACUCACCAUCAGGAUCCAGGUGCCCAACCCACCGUCAGUGACGCUGCAGAAGGACAAGGCCCUGGUAAAGGUGUUUGCCACCUCUGAGAUCAUGGUGUCCCAGCCCAAUGACGUGGAGACCACGAUCUGCGUCAUCGAUGUGGACACAGAACUGUUGGCCUCGUUCUCCGUGGAGGGCGAUAAGCUCAUGAUCGACGCCAAGCUGGACAAGACCAGCCUGAACCUCAGAACCUCAAAUGUGGGCAAUUUUGAUGUUGGCCUCAUGGAGAUGCUGGUGGGGAAGAUCUUUGAUCUGGCGUUUAUGCCCGCGAUGAACGCUGUGCUGGGUUCUGGUGUCCCUCUCCCCAAAAUCCUUAACAUCGACUUCAGCAACGCAGACAUCGACGUCUUGGAGGACCUUCUGGUGCUGAGCGCCUGA